ACGGAAAAAAAUGGUUUCUUUGUCGUGCUCGGUGUCAUCUCCACUGAUCAUAUGUAGUAGCUCAUCUCGGUCGGCCACAUUGGUGAGAACAAUUAAUCGCUGCAGUUAUAAGCAGAAGAAAAUCAUUUGUGCUUGUAUGGCGCCUCCGCAGAACCUGAGGAGUGAGGGAUCCUUUCCUUCCAAAUUCAAUGAUCCGUGUAAGCCAGAGUAUUUGAGCACAGUUCGUGACCCGGAAGAUGAUUCUGAUAUUCUAAUCGAGUGUAGAGACGUGUAUAAGUCAUUUGGUGAGAAGCAUAUACUGAGAGGUGUCAGCUUCAAGAUUAGACAUGGCGAAGCCGUUGGAAUUAUUGGGCCUUCUGGCACUGGGAAAUCUACAGUAUUGAAGAUUAUGGCAGGGCUUCUUGCUCCAGACAAGGGAGAUGUUUAUAUUCGCGGUAGAAAGAGAGCUGGUUUGAUCAGUGAUGAGGAGAUUUCUGGCCUUCGAAUUGGAUUGGUGUUUCAGAGUGCGGCACUUUUUGAUUCUCUUACUGUUCGUGAAAAUGUUGGUUUCCUUCUAUAUGAAAACUCAAGCUUGUCUGAGGAUCAAAUUUCAAAGCUUGUGACAGAAAGCCUGGCUGCAGUUGGGUUAAAGGAUGUUGAGGAUAGGUUCCCUUCUGAGUUGUCUGGUGGAAUGAAAAAACGAGUUGCGUUAGCUCGGUCCAUAAUUUGUGACACUACAAAGAGAGCAUUAGAGCCAGAGGUGCUCUUGUACGAUGAACCUACAGCUGGACUUGACCCUAUAGCAUCUACUGUCGUUGAAGAUCUCAUCCGAUCUGUUCAUGUGAAAGGUGAGGAUGCAGUUGGAAAGCCUGGGUUGAUAGCAUCAUACGUGGUUGUUACCCACCAACAUAGUACCAUUAGAAGAGCUGUAGACAGGCUAAUAUUUCUGUACGAGGGGAAAAUUGUUUGGCAAGGGAUGACCAAUGAAUUCACAACAUCAACAAAUCCAAUUGUCCAACAGUUUGCUUCUGGGAGCUUGGAUGGCCCAAUUAGAUAUUAGCUCCAUAGUGGUGUAUGAUAAGAGUGAUUGUUAUUUGUUCCUGGUCCCAUUGGAGUUUCCAGAAAAGAAUGCUUGGAAAUUGGUCAUAUGGGGCUUGUAGAUUUAGAGGCUUUGCCCUCCUUUAUCCACUCACAAGGAAGAAAUUAGAGCUGACCAACAAAAUUAUUGGUCGUUAAUAGAUAUCCAUACAUCUUUUAGGCGCAGCCUUGAUUUAGAAGAGCCUGAUUCUACAUUAUACUUUGUGGUGGCUUUGGCGGCAGCGGCUUAUACCCCUGGCGGCUGGAGUUUUUGAUAUUUAAUUUUUUGGAUCUAAAACUGUCAUUAAUCUUAAGUGUAGUGGCAGAGAUACGGAAUUUGGUGCCUGUGCACUCCGAGAAACCAAAGGAAGAUGAAUUCUGAACUACAUAAAAAAGUUGAUAUUCUUGAUCGAA